AUGACCGAAAGUGUUAUGGAAGAGGCAAACGGCGGUUUAUCCGCUGGUGAUUCAACUUCUAUUUUUGCUCCAGAGGAUGAUCUUCAAGCCGAAACACUGGAAAUGUCUCCUGAUUGUCUGGUGAAGGUUCCUGGUUCCUUUGAACUUGAAGAACCAUCAUUAUCGACAAUUGAACCAACAAAAAACAAUGAACAAUUCGCAUACAUUUACAACAAUCACAACGAAAGUAUUUUUGAUGACGAACAAUUUUUCCCUUCACUUCUGGCACUCAAUUCUUCCAAAGUGGCCAAGUUCGAUGAAAAUAAUCCACAAGUACUUAAUCAUGCUACGGUGAAGGCAUUGAUUGUCCACCUCACAUCUCCCGAUGUAAUCGACUACAGCUUUGUAUGUGACUUUUUUCUCACGUAUCGGACAUUUACAGAUAGCCACGAAGUAAUGGAACUCUUACUUACCCGACUUAUUUGGUCUCUUCAGUACAUCAACGCCAAUGAUGCUUCAAAACAUGAUACUGGACGUCUUGUUCUUCUCCGAACAUUUGUCGUUUUACGGCACUGGUUGCUCAAUUAUUUUGUCGAUGAUUUUAACAACGACCCUCAGUUAUGUGAUUACUUUGUUAAGGGUCUUAAUCUGGUGGCUCUCGAGUCGAAUUUACUCAAGCCGAACAUGUACUUCGAAUUGAAAAUAGUCCGUGAUAUCAAAGUACACUGGUUGUCUCUGAUCAACGAACUAUGGGGUGCAGGCAUAGAUAUCGACCUGAUCCACGAUAUGACGACUUUUUACCUUCCGCUCACAUCGGAUAUCCAUCUGCGCAAGAUCUCCAAAAGCAAUACCGAAAUGUCGAUCCAUACUAAUCCUUCGUACCGACGGUCGGCCAUGCUUUCUCUCUACGACCAGAAAUUCCACAAGUGUUUAAUUGUCGACGAAAACACCGCCGGAAGCGAGAAUCCUCAAUUUUCAGUUAAUACCUUACUCCUUCAGCACCAAUCAUCUCGCAUUUCUAUAAACGAUAAAGUUCGUCAGCUUCAAGCACAAUCCUCAUUGCCGGCUCAGAGAAAGCCUCUUCAAAAGACAACCCGACAUAAUCAUAUGACAUUGAAAGACUCCUCCGUGGGCCUCAAGAAAACUUCAGCUCCAAACGAGUCGGCAGACACUACUAUCCAGUCCACUCAUACUUAUAAUCAGGAUGGGUUCUCUACCAAUGGACAAGUUAAAUUGCCAACAUCAAGAGUCAACUUUAUUCUUCCACCAACGCCAGUAAAGAAGAUGGACUACGUGAUUAAAGACCUCGAUUCUCCCACAAAGAAACGGCCGCAACCACCUAGGGCGCCAGAGGACGAAGAGUUUGGCAGACGCUCAUCGAUGAAGAAAAUUGUAGAUGGCUGGAAGAAAUCUUUUAUUCACCAUGACUCCAAAAUGGAACCUUUAGAGGCCGGCGAGAGAAUUGCAAAGAACGAGGAAGAACAAGAAACUUUUGUGGGUCCACGGUCAGAUAUCUUGAGUGCUAGAAUUGUGGACGAGCUAGAGUAUCUCAUUAGGUUCUACGUUUACAAUGAUCCUGCUCGUGAGACGAUAUUGGAAGGAGAAAUCGAAGAUACCAACGACGAAAAAGGACAAAGCUGCGGCUCAGCGUUUGUGGAAAACUUUGAAAGUGACCUGGAAAAAGAUGAGUUUCAGUUUGGGACCUUGGGAUCACCUGCCAAACAAUUACCACCGUUGCCAAGUGACGAGUUGACGACCGACCAAAGCAUGCCCAACGAUACUGCUUCGUCAAACAACAUGGACAUUAAUGACAUCUCCUCACUUAAUAUCACCAAGAUCGACAAUCUUCUUAACUAUGAGGAAUAUGACGACAAUCCAACACCCGAAUUCAGGUCCACAGACCCAUCAUUUCGGAGACCAACAAGCAUUAAUUGGAACGACGAGGUGAACUUGGACCUCGAAGAACUGCCAUCUAUGUCAAAACUGAACAGCACUUCACAGCGUGAGACAAGUCCUCUACCAGAACCUAUUAAAGAGCUCACUCGCUCUUCUGGGUCUUCUAUGUCAGCGUUCAGCAACAUCACCCAGUACAAGGCUGAAGUAGCAGACUUGGGAAUUGCUCUCAGUCCUCGCGGUAAGGUCGACUCGGUGAAGAGAAUCAGUAUGAACGAUAACAGAAGGAGGGUUUCCAUGUACUCCCGAGGAUCCUCAGCAAAGAGAAUGAGCAGUAGAGGAUCGGUAAAAUCGUAUAUCAGCUACGAUUCAGCAUUUUCCAUCAGCAACGGUCACUCUAAAGAAGACGAGUAUGGAAAUUUGAGAAGAAUGGAAGGGUUCAAUAAUUUGAGAGCAGUGGGGAUUCCUAGGACCAAUGAGGAGAGACGUGCCAACGUUGCUUCGUUUGCGUCUUUUCUUUCGAGAUCAUCUUCUCUCAGGAAAAGCAUUCGAAUGAGUACUCUCUGUGCUCUCACAGAGCUUCCUUUCCAAGAUGCCGAAGCGUCUGAGAGCUCGAUAAACUUGGCUCAGAGACACAACAAAGUGACUCUGGUAAUCUCUGACAGUUCGAUCUUUUCAAUGCAAGGAAAAUAUGGGGAAAAUGAACUUGCGAGUGAGUUCAAGACUGAAAAUGGUCAUAGCGAAAGCUCUACCAAUUCUGUUGCAAUUCCGGGAAUCAGUAACUACGUUUUGAAAGAACUUGCAGCGAUUCCUGACGAGUCGAUGAACAACAACCCAGUCACCUUUGCAUUGCGCAAACUAGAAGGAGAUUCUACUCCUAAAGGGCAGAAGCAAGUUGCGGAUGUCAGCGCCGACGUCAGUUAUGAAAACACCGAGGACAUUUUGGAGCAAAUUAAUAAUGCUGAUACCAGAGACGUUAUUGAGGUUUCGACAUUGAGUGAAGUGACUCAAGAACCUCCAUUGACUCCCGCCAAGAAAUCGACUGCUAAACGGCAGACAAUCACUCCCAUGAUGAACGACCGGCCUCUCACGUUUAUGCCUCUGAGCACUUCGAGUCCCCAAACAAUCUCACCAAAGGAUAUCUUGGAAGCAUAUACUUUCUCCAACGAAGUGUUGGCUGUGGAGAACGUCUUGAACGCAAACUUGCACGUUUCGUUUGUGUUGAACUACGACUCGAAAACGGUGGCUGAGCACUUUACGUUCAUAGAGAGUGACAUGUUAAAGGAUAUCGACUGGAAGGAGCUCAUCGAGCUCAAGUGGAGCCAAGAGCUCACACCGGUCAACAGUUGGCUCGAGAUAAUCGUUGACGAAAUAUACUACAACAAGAACAAAGGUGUGAAUCUUGUGAUAUCUCGGUUCAACUUGAUGGUCAACUGGGUGAUAUCCGAGAUCUUAUUGACCAAGGCUCAAAGUGAGCGGAUCCAUUUGAUUUCCAGAUUCAUCCAUAUAGCUCAGCAUUGUUAUGCUAUGCAGAAUUACGCCAGCAUGAUGCAAAUUUUACUUGCACUCACGUCGGAGAAAAUUGGCCACUUGAAGGAAACGUGGAAAAACCUUCUGCCAGGAGACAUCUUGAGUUUGAAGAAUUUGGAGGAAUUGACUUCACCGGUGAAAAACUUUUUGAACAUUAGGUUGAGUAUUAACCAAAUCAAGCCGUCAAAAGGUUGUAUUCCAUUCGUGGGACUUUACUUGUCGGAUUUGAUAUUCAACGCAGAGAGACCAGCUACCAUCAAGUCUGGUCUGGAAGAGAAGAUGAUUAACUUUUCCCGGUUUCGAACCUCGGUAUACAUUGUCAAGUCGUUGUCGCAAUGCAUUGAGUGGUCAAAUAAUUACAAGAUUGACGUCAAUGACGACCUCUUAUCCAAGUGCUUAUAUAUCAGAUCGUUGGAUGAGGACGAGAUGAACACAUGCUUGAAGCAUAUCGAAGACGAGUGA